AUGGCUGAACUAAAAGGAAAAAUCCUCCUCCUUUUCCUAUUUUUAAGCUUUUUAGCUUUUGCAUCGUCAAGAAUCAUCGACAACCAUCCCGAAUUCCUUGACAAAAUCGAAAAUAUUUUACACAAAUCCGAAUCGGACUCAAAAUAUUGGGAAAAAAUCGGCAAAAAAGUCGUCAAAGAAAAUGUCAAAAAAUUCAAAAACCAAAAAGUCGCAAAAAAUUUAAUUUUAUUCAUCGGCGAUGGUCUCGGAAUUUCAACAACUUCCGCCGCACGUUCGUAUCUCGGCGACGUGAAUAAAAAUCUCGCUUACGAAACUUUGCCGUCAGUUGGAAUGGCGAAAACUUAUUGCAUCGAUGGACAAGUUGCUGACUCGGCGUGCACUGCGACAGCCUAUUUAUGCGGCGUAAAAGGAAAUCUUUACACAAUUGGCGUCAAUGGAAAAGUUCCCGAUGGAGUUUGUACGUUUUCGAAGAAAAAUCGAACGCCUUCCAUCGCGAAAUGGGCUUUGGAUGCGGGAAAAGCAGCUGGAUUGGUGACAACAACGCGAGUAACUCACGCUUCGCCUGCUGGAGUUUUUGGUCACACGUCGGAUAGAAACUUUGAACAUGACGCUGCGGUGCUCGAUAGCGGAUGCGAUCCAAAAAUCACGGAAGAUUUGGCAGAACAAAUAAUUAGAAACGACGUCGGAUCAAAAUUAAAAGUCAUUUUGGGAGGCGGAAGAGAGAAUUUUAGACCAAAAACCGCGAUUGACGAAGAAGGAAAGCCUGGAAAGCGUCUCGAUGGCGUCGAUUUGAUCGAAGAAUGGAAAAAAUCCAAGAAAGGCAAGGGAAAAUUCGUCUGGAAUCGUGAAGAAUUGCUUAAAAUUAAUCCUAAAAAUACUUCUCAUGUCUUGGGAUUGUUCGAAGCGAAUCAUUUGUUGUACAAUCUCGAAGUUCAAGAGCAAGGCAGAGAACAUUUGGAACCAACUUUGGCAGAAUUGGUCGAAAAAGCCAUCGAAGUCUUAAGUUCUGAGAAAAAAGGUUACUUUUUGUUCGUCGAAGGAGGCAGAAUCGAUCAUGCCCAUCACGAUACUUUGGCAAAACGUUCCCUGGAUGAAACAGUUGAAUUUUCCAAAGCAAUCCAAGCAGCAAUGGACAAAGUUAACAUGAAAGAAACUUUAAUUGUCGUCUCGGCGGAUCAUUCUCAUGCCUUUAGUUACUCCGGAUAUCCCGAAAGAGACGCAGAUAUUCUUGGAACAACUUCUGAAUUAGCUGAGGAUGGACUUAGUUCGAUGUUUUUGGGUUAUGCCAACGGAAAAGGAUAUUACACGCAUGUUAAGGAAGAAGGAGGUCGAGUUGAUCCAAAGCCUCUUCCGAGACCAAGUACUUUUAGAUAUCCGGCAACUGUUCCUCUUCCAUCGGAAACGCAUGGCGGAGAAGAUGUCGGGGUUUAUGCAGGAGGACCUUGGGCUGAAUUGUUCACGGGAAUUAUUGAGCAACAUGCGAUUCCGCAUUUGAUGGCUUAUGCUGCCUGUAUUGGCGAUGGAAAGAAAGCUUGUGAUAAGAUGGAAAAUUUAUAA